AUGUCGACGAAUCGCGAAUGGCCGACGGUGGCGGUGCUUCUGCUGUCCAGUAUGCUGACGUCAUGGGGAGCGCUGACAGCUCCGGUGCAGGGACAGACGAUUGACAGUAGCCAGUUGCAAGCAUUAUGGGACAUGCAGACGUCAUGGGGGGUGACUUUCGACCAAUGGGACACCAACGGAGACUGCAGCAUCGCGUACAACAUAUCAUGCAACGCUGACGGCAUGGUGACGUGGAUGUACGUGGUGCUGAUGUGGCUCCCGACUGCCGUCCCGACUGCCGUCCCGACUGCCGUCCCGACUGCCGUCCCGACUGCCGUCCCGACUGCCAUCCUGACUGCCAUCCUGACUGCCGUCCUGACUGCCGUCCCGACUGCCAUCCUAACUGCUAUCCUGAGUCCUGACUGCCGUCCUGACUGCCGUCCCGACUGCCAUCCUCACUGCUAUCCUGACUGCCGUCCCGACUGCCGUCCUGACUGCCAUCCUGACUGCCAUCCUGACUGCCGUCCUGACUGCCGUCCCGACUGCCAUCCUAACUGCCGUCCCGACUGCCGUCCCGACUGCCGUCCCGACUGCCAUGCACGCAGCGUCCCAACCAGGAAGCCAACUUCCCUUGCCCGUCCCAACCAGGAAGCCAACUUCCCUUGCCUUUCCAGAAUUCUCAAAAUCCUCCCGUUCCUCCCAUUGAUACUCAUUGAUACUAAGCCUUCAUUUCCAGAAUUCUCAAAAUCCUCCCUUUCCCUACCCAUUGAUACUCCCCCGCACGGCUUGCACUGCAGAGACAUCUCGGGGCUGGAUCUGGGAGGGCCUCUCCCCGCCACCAUCGUGGCCAAUGACCCACUCUCACUGCCCACUCUCACUGCCCACUCUCACUGCCCACUCUCACUGCCCACUCUCAUUGCCCACUCUCACUGCCCACUCUCACUGCCCACUCUCACUGCCCACUCUCACUGCCCACUCUCACUGCCCACUCUCACUGCCCACUCUCACUGCCCACUCUCACUGCCCACUCUCACUGCCCACACUCACUGCCCACUCUCACUGCCCACUCUCACUGCCCACUCUCACUGCCCACUCUCACUGCCCACACUCACUGCCCACUCUCACUGCCCACACUCACUGCCCACUCUCACUGCCCACACUCACUGCCCACUCUCACUGCCCACUCUCACUGCCCACUGCCCAUCCGUUGACUGUUGCUCAUCCACCAUUGACCAUUGCUUGCUGCUUUGCUCCCUUGCUUGCUUUCUUGCUUGUUUGCUUUGUGGGGCGAUGGUGGUGGGUGGCAGGACAUUGGAUAGGGAUGGCAUCACGGGCUCCAUCCCAUCCACUAUUGGCCAGCUCACUGCCCUCACCUGGUUGUAA